AACCUUGCAUUUUAGAGACAGGUUCCCCUAUAAAUAUUCUCCGGAUACCUCCAAAGAUCGUCAGUUGUUGUUUGUACUCCUGCAGCUCCACAAAGGUAUCGAAAUUAACAAAAUGAAACUUUUCAUCGCUCUCUGUGCAGUCAUUGCUGUGGCUUCUGCUGCCUUCAACAAAGAGGAAUUCUUGAAGAUGCGUGAAGAGUGCCUAAAAUCCGAAAAGGUCCCAGCAGCAAUCAUUGAGAAGUUGAAACAUCGUGAAUAUGAACAAGACCUGGGACAUGAGGCCAAGUGUUAUAUUCGUUGCAUGGGACUUAAAACUGGAGUCUGGGACGACACCCAUGGCUACAAUGUCGAUAAGACCUACGACGAUUUUCAUAGCGCGGGAUUGGAAGUGAGCAAGGAUAAUUUGAAGAAAUGUUUCAAAUCGAGUGGGGAUGAUGAUAAAUGCGUAUGGGCUGCGAAGGACGUGAAAUGUUUGUGGACAAACAAAUAUGUGACCAUAAAGAAAGAUUUAUUUGAAUAAAUUUCUCUAUUAUCCACAA